UCUCACAGGAGAUCCCUCUGGUGAAGACCAGUGUAGACGGGAGUUAGUCACAGCUGCAAGAUCACCAGAUUCAAUUGGGAGCGAGAUUCCUUGCUCACACCUGCAGUACCAGUUCACAUUCCCAGCUAGAACCAACAUUUAGCGACCAUGUCUGUAGCGGGGCUGAAAAAGCAAUUCCACAAAGCCACUCAGAGAGUGAGCGAGAAGGUCGGGGGAGCAGAAGGAACAAAGCUUGAUGAUGACUUCACUGAAAUGGAAAAGAAGGUGGACGCCACGGCUCGAGCGGUGCUCGACAUCAUCACAAAGACCACUGAGUAUCUGCAGCCAAACCCAGCCACAAGAGCCAAGAUGAGCAUGAUGAACUCCAUGUCACGCAUCCGGGGCCAAGAGAAGGGGCCAGGAUAUACCCAGACCGAGGUUAUCCUGGGGGAGUCCAUGCAGAGGUUUGGCAGGGAGCUUGGAGAAGAGUCUAACUUUGGUCUUGCUUUGAUUGAAGUUGGAGAAGCCAUGCGUGAGCUUGGAGAGGUUAAGGAUGCUCUGGACAUGGAGGUGAAGCAGAACUUUGUUGAUCCUCUGCAGAACCUCCACGAUAAAGAUCUCAGGGAAAUUCAGCAUCACCUGAAGAAACUGGAAGGUCGCCGUCUGGACUUUGAUUAUAAGAAGAAACGUCAGGGCAAAGUGACGGAUGAUGAAAUCAAGCAAGCACUUGAGAAAUUCGAUGACUCCAAGGAGAUUGCUGAGCAGAGCAUGUUCAACCUGUUGGAGAGUGAUAUUGAACAGGUGAGCCAGCUGGCUGCGUUGGUUCAUGCUCAGGUGGAGUAUCACACCCGAGCUGCUGAGAUCCUCACACAGCUCACCAGUAAGAUCGACGAACGGAUAAGAGAUACUUCCAACAAACCAAAGAAAGAGUUUGUCCCAAAACCGCGCACGUCUAUGGACUUCUCCAUCAAUUUGAACCAAAAUGGAGGUGUCCACAGUGCUCGCUCUCCAGGUUCAAGGUCUCCAGCAAGAUCUCCAGCCAGGUCUCCAGCCCCCAUGGACCAGCCCUGCUGUCGUGCACUGUACGAUUUUGACCCCGAGAAUGAAGGUGAGCUAGGCUUCAAGGAAGGCGAUAUCAUCACCCUUACCAAUAAGAUUGACGAAAACUGGUACGAGGGGAUGCUACAUGGCAACUCGGGCUUCUUUCCCAUCAACUACGUGGAUAUCUUGGUGCCGCUGCCCCACUAGGAUGUGAUGACUACCAGCUGUGUCUAAAGCUGCAGCACAAUAAAUCCUGGCCUCCAGUUCCUCCUCCCGGUACUCCCAGUAACCUUUUUCCUAAACAUUCCUAAUAUCCACCUGCACUCCGCUUUAAAGGAGUCAAAACGGCAACGAAACGAUAGCGAAUGAAGAUGUGAACAAGACCGAUGAUAAAUUACAGGAAGCACUCUUAAAUAAAGUGAGGGAAGAAAAUAAAAACAGCAUUUAUGGUGUUGCUUCUCCCUUAUUCCAGGAGUCACCUUCAGGCUUCCGUAAUCAUUUUAUCCGUUUCUAUCCCGCCUUUGGUCUCACUUUAAGUUGGCUGUCAGUCCAUCGCAAGCUUCUCAGAGCAGGCUUGCAAAUUCACACUCUGUAUCUCUGUAUUUUGUGGAAACCUUUGCAGUAGAUAGAAAUGUUUUUUCUCAAACUACUACUACAAAAUAAUCACUCCCCAUGCUCCGUGUUUAAGACUGUAGUUCAAGCAUGGUUUUAACUGUUUUCAUGUUUUCAAAAAAAAAAAAAAGUUUAACUGAGGAUUUUUAUUUUCAAUUUCCCUAUUUUCCCCACCACUCCCCAAACAGUCAUUGCCUCUUUUGAGAGUUCUGGAAGUUUUUGAUGAAACCAUGUUCCCAUCAUGUCCUAAAAAAUAAAUCAGUUUAAAUGAGUUUAGACAAAAGUCAACAGAUUCAUCAAUUGGUCACAAUUAAACACAGUAUUGUAACUUUCUUUGUGCACAUGUUGUAUCGGUCAUAUGUUAUACCAAAGUUACUUGCAGAACCUGAAUAAAAAUAAAAAUCCAGCAGACGGCAUCAGAAAGUCUGUUUGAUGGAACAGGUUUCAACUUGCAACCUCAAGUUCUUUGGUAUUUUAGUAGGAGGUGGAGCUUUAUUAAUUAUGUGACACAUACCUGAGCCAGUAAUUAGUGAAAUGAUGACAUGAUUUUUAAAAACACGAGUUGUGAAGUAUAAACUGUUUGAAGUGAUGUAAGAAAAAAAACUAUGGUGCAUAAGUCUCAGUCCUCCAACAUGUAUUUUAUCAGCAGUGUGAAAAAUGGUUGAUGUAUUGUGAUAUAAUAUAAAUCUCAGCACCUGGAGAAAGCGUUUAUUCUGCAGCUGAAGGUGUAGCUCUCGUUGCUGCAUCCCUUAUUAGUCCAAGUAGUGUUCUGUACUUUAGCUUUCUGUAAGCCACUGAUAAUACUAGGCAGGAGUAUUUUAAGGAAAGGAGUGCACAAAUAAGAGUGCAACGGGAGCUCAUUCCUUUCUGUCUUGGUGGAAAUUUUAUAUAUCAGUUAAAAUUAUGCAAAUAAGGUUCAAGGUUAUACAAAUAAAAGCUACUUUUUCCCCUCCUUCUAAGUCAUGCCCGACCUUAGAAAAACUAGAUGUUGUUGUAGAUGUCUAAUUUUUUUCCCGACCUGCGAUAUGCUUGUAUGCAGUAUUGUGUGGGAUUGUUUUCCCCAUUUUUUUUUUUUUGUGAUCUACUGAUAAACGAGGAUUGGGUGCUGUAGUGCACGUGUUAUCAGUGAGGUUUUCUUUUCUGGAAAAAAAAAAAAAAAAAAAGAGUUUUUUCCUCACCCAUCUUGUAGUAAUGUU